UGAGGAUAGCAACUUAGCCUCCAAACACCGAGUAGGGAAACCCAACUCAUAGCAUCUCAUAUCAGCCCCGAACAGCCCGUGGCCCUAACACUCAUCUUCUUGUUCGGCCAAACCACUUACACCGUAAUACCAUUGGGUUCCAUUCGACUUUCUAUUUUUCAGCUUUAUUCAUUCGCAUUCGCAUCCCUCUCUCUCAGUCUUUAAUAAGUUUUCGUCGCUGUCGCUGAAAAAUAAUAUUUGCAUUCAUGGCUUUGUUUGCACUGCCAUUUCAUUCGGAAUCUCGUCUUUAAUAAGUUUUCGUCGCUGUCUCUGCGGGGAAGACAAUGCACAGGGCAAGCUCUCGUUUGGGAUCAAUAGCUGACUCGAUAUAUAGGUUCCGGCCGCACGAACAUGUGCGAAAACAAGAUGCUGGCAAAUUGGUAUUCCAUCGGGCUUUUCUCAUCUCCAAUGGUAGUGAAAUUUUGGGAAAUGGAGCAGAUUCAACUACGUUCAUGCAGAUGCAGAUUGUCGAUGCACUUCGUCUGGGUGAUAUAAAUAGUGCAUCAAACCUGCUUAUGGAUCUUGGCCAGGAAAAGCACUCUUUAACUGCGGAUAGUUUUGUUCCCAUUUUAAGCUACUGUGCAAGAUCCCCUGAUCCCCUAUUUGUCAUGGAGACUUGGAAAAUAAUGGAAGAAAGAGGAAUUUUCCUAAAUAACACAUGCUCCUUACUUAUAAUAGAAGCACUCUGUAAAGGGGGUUACUUGGAUGAGGCAUUUGGUCUAAUAAAUUUCCUAGCAGAAAGUCAUGUCAUGUUCCCUGUUCUGCCUGUGUACAAUUGUUUCUUGAGAGCCUGUGUCAAAAGGCAAAGUAUGGUUCAUGUUAGUCAAUGUUUGGAUCUUAUGGAUCACAGAAUGGUCGGGAAGAAUGAAGCUACAUAUUCUAAGCUACUCGAGCUUGCGGUUUGUCAGAAAAACUUGUCUUCUGUGCAUGAAAUCUGGACAGAGCUUGUAAAAAAUUACAGUCCAAGUGUUUUAUCUCUGAGAAAGUUUAUAUGGUCAUGCACAAGGCUGGGAGACCUGAAAUCUGCAUAUACUGCACUGCAAAAGAUGGUGGCUUUGGCCACUGGAGCCACAGGAGGAAAGUCACCAUCUUUAAAAUUGGACAUUCCUAUACCUUCAAGAACUGAAUUAUAUUGUAACAAUUUUACUUUUGAGGAAAAUGGACCUUCUACUGAUGAGUUAUUCUGUAAGAAAUUGGUCCCCUGCAGUGGUGUGGUAGGGAAAAUUUCUGUCAACGGUAUGAAAUGUGGAGAAGUUGAAAGUGGUCCAUUGGCUUUGCCAAACAAUCACAGAAGCAGUUUUGUUAUGAAGGUAUUGAGAUGGUCGUUCAAUGAUGUGAUACACGCAUGUGCACGUACUAGGAACUGUGGUCUUGCAGAGCAGCUAAUGCAACAGAUGCAUGAACUCGGAGUGCAACCUUCACGCCACACAUUUGAUGGUUUUGUUAGAUCAGUUGUUUCAGAGAGAGGUUUCAGUGACGGCAUGAAAAUAUUGAAAAUAAUGCAACAGAGGGAAUUGGAACCAUAUGAUUCAACUCUUGCUGCUGUUUCAAUAAGUUGUAGCAAGGCGCUAGAACUUGACUUGGCUGAAGCUCUGCUCGAACGAAUUUCAACUUGUCUUUACCCACACCCCUUCAAUGCAUUUCUUUCUGCGUGUGACACGAUGGAUCAGCCUGAACGUGCGAUGCGUAUGUUUGCUAAAAUGAGACAAAUGGAGGUGCUUCCAGAUAUCAAGACCUAUGGGCUUUUAUAUUCUUUGUUUGGAAAUGUGAAUGCUCCAUAUGAGGAGGCGAGCAGAUUGUCACAGGUGGAUGCUGCCAAAAGGAUACGCAUGAUAGAGAUUGAUAUGGAAAAACAUGGGAUCCAACAUAGUCUUGUCUCUAUGAUGAACUUGUUGAAAGCUCUAGGCGCAGAGGGGAUGACGAAGGAGCUUCUUCAGUAUUUAAAUGUGGCGGAGAACCUCUUCUAUUACAAUCACACUUGUCUGGGGACGCCUGUUUACAACACAGUGUUGCAUUUUUUAGUUGAAUCCAAGGAAAUUCACAUGGCAAUAGAAGUAUUCAAUAAUAUGAAGCAUUCUGGUUUCUUUCCAGAUGCUGUGACAUUUGAGAUUAUGAUCGACUGUUGUAGUGUUAUGGGAUGCUUGAAAUCAGCUUUUGUUCUUCUCUCCAUGAUGAUCCGCUCAGGGUUUUGUCCACAGAUAUUAACUUAUACAAGUCUAAUAAAGAUUGUGCUGGAGUUUGAGAGAUUUGAUGAUGCCUUGAAUCUUUUGGAUCAAGCCAGUUCAGAAGGGAUUGAACUUGAUGUACUCAUAAUGAAUAAAAUCUUGCAAAAAGCUCGUGAAAAGGUAAGGGUUGAUGUGAUCGAGUUUGUCGUUGAGAAGAUGAACCGCAAAAGGAUCCAACCCAACCCUUCAACAUGCCAUGAUGUCUUCUCCACGUAUGUGAACCUUGGCUAUCACAGCACCGCCAUGGAAGCACUGCAAGUACUGAGUAUGCGUAUGUUAUGCAAAGAAGACGACACCUCUGUGACAGAAUAUAUAGAAAACUUUGUGCUUGCAGAAGACGCCGGAGCCGAUUCACGUAUUUUGGAAUUCUUCAAAUGCUCUGAAGAGAGCCUAAGUUUUGCCCUCUUCAACUUGAGAUGGUCUGCCAUGCUGGGAUAUUCACUCUGUUCUUCCCCUAGUCAGAGUCCAUGGGCAAUGAGACUUGCAAGUUCCUAUGAUGGCUACAGAAUCUCGUAAUGUGAAAUUCUUUGUUCUCCUCUGCCUAAGUCGAUCUUUUCAUUGUGUCGGCAAAUCAUGGUUCGUGUAAAAGAUAACAUUUUUGAGACGUGGAGUGUUGAUUCGACAUGGAAUCAGAACCAGAGAGAUUUAAAUUGUUGUAACUUUUUAUUGGAGAGCGUCGACAUGAAUAAAAAAAUUCUUUUUGUUUAAUCUCACGAAAUUAUUCUCAAUAGAUUGUUAAUUAGCAAGGCUUAAAUUA